AUGGUGAAAAGAGCUUGGACCUACGAGUCCGAUAGCGGCGCCAAGACAAGCGGCAAAGAGGGCGCCGAAAGGCUCGAGUUGCAGGUGACCUCGGAAGAGACCAACUGGCCCAGCAACAGCGAUGGAAUGAGCGACGCAGAGUCGCGCAGCUACCAGGGCUCCGAACUUCACGGCCACGUCCAGGAGGGCCAGGUCAAGAGAGCUCUUAAACCACGCCACAUCUCCAUGAUUGCCCUGGGAGGCACCAUCGGAACCGGUCUGUUCGUAGGGAUCGCCUCUCCACUGUCAUAUUCGGGCCCCGUGGGCGCUCUCAUCGCGUACAUUUUCGUGGGUUCCUUCGUGUACUUUGUCACCCAGUCUCUCGGCGAAAUGGCCACCUUCAUCCCCGUCACAUCGUCCAUUACAGUUUUCUCCACACGCUUUCUAUCACCAGCCCUCGGUUUUGCUAACGGCUACAUGUACUGGUUCAACUGGGCCAUCACAUACGCCGUCGAGCUUUCCGUCAUAGGCCAAGUCAUCCAGUACUGGACGAAGGCCGUUCCGCUAGCCGCCUGGAUUGCCAUCUUCUGGGUGGUGAUCACACUGGCAAAUUUCUUUCCAGUCCGUUUUUACGGUGAAGUCGAGUUCUGGGUUGCCUCGCUCAAAGUCGUCGCCAUUGUGGGCUAUAUGAUCUACGCCCUUGUCAUUGUUUGUGGCGGGUCUAAACAGGGCCCCAUCGGCUUCCGCUACUGGCGUAAUCCAGGUCCUUGGGGUGAUGGUAUCAUCUCCGACAACAAAGCCGAAGCCAGGUUUUUAGGAUGGGUUGCAUCUCUGAUCAAUGCUUCCUUCACAUACCAAGGUACUGAACUUGUCGGUAUCACUGCCGGUGAAGCGGCGAACCCAAGAAAGACGGUUCCAAGGGCCAUCAACAAGGUGUUCUUCAGAAUUCUAUUUUUCUACAUCCUGUCGCUUUUCUUUGUCGGACUUCUGGUACCAUUCAAUGACGAGAGUCUGUCACAGGAUUCUUCUGCCGCACUAAUUGCCUCUUCGCCUUUUGUCAUUUCCAUUCAGCAUGCUGGCACUAAGGUCCUACCAGACAUUUUCAACGCGGUUGUUUUAGUGACUAUUAUUUCUGCCGCCAACUCCAACGUUUAUGUUGGGUCCCGUAUUUUGUUCUCGCUAGCAAACACUGGCAUCGCCCCCAAGCACUUCACCUACCUCACCAAACAUGGUGUUCCUUACUGGGGCGUUAUUGCGACCGCACUGCUAGGUCUGCUGGCGUUCCUUGCCACCAACGGCAAUGCCAAUGAGGGUUUCAACUGGCUGAUCAACAUUUCGACCCUUGCUGGACUAUGCGCCUGGUUCUUCAUCUCAUUCUCCCACAUCAGAUUCAUGCAGUGCUUGAAGCAUCGCGGCAUUUCACGUGACGACCUGCCUUUCAAGUCCAAGCUCAUGCCUUGGGGUGCCUACUACGCUGCCUUUUGGGUUGCCGUGGUGAUAUUCGUGCAGGGAUUCCAAUCGUUCUCUCCCAAAACCACCGUGUCGGGCUUUUUCACCAGUUACAUUUCCUUAAUUCUGCUGGUGGUGCUUUACAUUGGCGCUCAGAUCUACUACAGAUGCAGGCUUUUGACCCGUGUCGAAGACAUUGAUAUCGAUUCUGACAGAAGAGAAAUCGAUGCCCUGAUAUGGGAAGAAGAAGAGCCCACCACGCUCUGGGGCAAAUUCUGGACGGCGGUCUCCUGA